GAGCGUCGUUGUCACCACGACCCGGAUGUACUCUCGUAACACUUCCUGGUUUGUCGUGGCAGUCUGACCACCGCGCGACUAACUCACCAGAUAACUUACUAUUUGUGUCUGUGUGUGUAUUGCCACGAUGCCGGGCGGUGAUAAAGAAUCGGACCUGACCGAGCGAGUCGAAGCCUUUUUGUCCGACUUGAAGCGAGGCGGGAGCGGCACCGGACCUCUCCGGGGCUCGGCGGAGACAGCCCGAGAAACGACCUCCUUGCUCCGAAGGAUCACGUCGCAGGCUCGCUGGAGCAGCGCAGGCGACCUCAUGGAAAUCAUCCGGAAGGAGGGCAGACGGAUGGCGGCUGCCCAACCAUCAGAGACCACCGUUGGGAACAUAAUCAGACGUGUGCUCAAGAUUAUCAGAGAGGAGUAUGCCAGGUCCCGGGGCAGCAGCGAGGAGCUGGACCAGCAGGAAUCUCUGCACAAGCUGCUGACAACGGGAGCGCUCAGCGAAGAGAACUUCCGGCUGCAUUUUGCUCCCCUCAAAGCCAACGUCAUCGAGGCCAUCAACGAGCUGAUGACGGAGCUGGACGGGACGACGGACAACAUCUCCAUGCAAGCGCUGGAGCACAUCCACUCCAACGAGGUCAUCAUGACCAUCGGCCGCUCUCGCACGGUGGAGGCCUUCCUCAAGGACGCCGCUCGCAAACGCAAGUUCCACGUCAUCGUCGCCGAGUGUGCGCCCUUCUGCCAAGGACACAAAAUGGCCACCAGUCUGUCAGAAGCCGGCAUCGAAACGACGGUGAUCGCGGAUGCCGCCAUAUUUGCGGUCAUCUCCCGCGUCAAUAAGGUGAUCGUCGGGACGCAGACGGUCCUCGCCAACGGAGGCCUGCGGGCCGUCAACGGGACGCACACGCUUGCCCUGGCGGCCAAGCACCACUCCACGCCGCUCAUCGUCUGCACGCCCAUGUUCAAGCUCUCGCCGCAGUUCCCCAAUGAGGAGAACACCUUCCAUAAGUUUGUGUCGCCCCAUGAGGUGCUUCCAUUCACCGAAGGCGUGAUCCUGUCCAGGGUGAAUGUGCACUGUCCUGUGUUCGACUACGUCCCGCCGGAGCUCAUCACGCUCUUCAUCUCCAACUUCGGCGGACACGCGCCCUCGUACAUCUACCGCCUCAUGAGCGAGCUCUACCACCCAGAGGAUCACGAAUUGUAACCGCUCAAGUGAAGGUGUGGGAGGAGGGGGGGGAGAAAGAAGACAUAAAACAAA